UUUGAUUAAGGCCAAUACAACUGUAGCCUCGCAGCUCUGUGUCGUGGUUGGUCGGAACUGUCUCCUUGCGAUAAUGUAGCGAGUGUCCGGCUCUGGCUACUCCUGGAGUUUUGCGAGCCUAGCAGCAACUGGAUCAUCAAUCAGUCCCAGAUGCGUCUGUGAACUAGCGGGCUAGAUUUCCCAUCCGCAAUGGUACACAGUAUAGGAGUGGAAAGGUGCUUGAAACGUCGUUUGUUGGCACGGUGGUGAUGGUGUUGAAAAGGGUAGGGGAGGUGGCUUGCCGGGAUGGUUGGAUGGCAGGAUUUGUAGGUAGCGGGAUGUAGAUUUCAGGACAGGGCUGGUGUUGGUGAAUAGGAGGGUGAGGUGUGACUUACGAUGGUGCAGACCACAUCGAACUCGUCGUCCGCUGUAGGACCGAGGGUGGGAGGGCAGCUGUUGCACGAUUUGGAAGCCCUAAACCAGGCGUUGUAUCAAGCAGGGCAGAGUAAAGGCGAUGGCAGAGUGUUGGCGAGGAGAGAGACGAUGCCAGCUUGGGUAGAAGUUGAACAUGGCGCAGAGGUCGAAGCUGGUGAUUCUCUUGGAAGUUUGUUGAGGGGAUCGCAUCCGAAACCUCCGGUGGCCACCAAGGGUGCUGGAGGUUCUUUAUUGGACUCAGGGAAGAUGACAGAGAUUGGGAAAGAUAGGAAUGAAAAUCCGAAGGGACUGCAGGGGUGGCAUUCGCAAGGGUUUGAGAAAAACUAUCCCGACAUGAGCAGUGUUUCUGAAUACAGGGACGGUAAUGCUGAUUUCAGACAGAAGCUGGGAGCUCCCGCCGACAAGAAGAAAGGGGUUUGGGGCUGGAAGCCGUUUCAAGCGUUCGCGCAUGUGGGGCAGAAGAAGUAUAAUUGCCUGUUCACGGUCCAUGUGCAUGGGAUUGAGGGAUUGCCUAUCUCAAUGAACGGUCUUCGUCUGGGAGUUCAUUUUGCAAAGAAAGAUGACGCCGGUGUCCAGACUAUGCCCGCUAGGGUUUUUAAAGGGCAUGCCGAAUUCCAAGAGACUCUUAAUACGCGGUGCACCCUACAUGGGGCCAAGAAUGGUGCGAAGGGUAUGAAGUGGGAGACUAAACAGUUCAUACUCUCAGUGAUCGCUCUUGAUGUUGAUGAGCUGGUACUUGGUAGACAUAAAUUGGAGCUUACUAGAUUGUUACCAGAGACGAUUGAGGAUGACGAUGAUAAGCAGGAUUCCUGGACGACGAGUUUCAAACUCUCAGGAAAGGCGCAAGGUGCCACUCUUGUCGUCACUUUUGGCUGCGAGAUCCAGGGCAAGGAUUCGCAGAAUCUAAGUGCAACAUCAAGCGCAAGAUUUGGAGAAUCGCCAGUUUUACGUGCUACGCGAUCGUUCAAUAGUUUGCCCAAUUCCGGUCAUGCAACUCCAUCCCGAUAUGCGUUGGAGCCCCAUCACUCUCCAUCAACGUCAGAGCUCUCAGCAGAACAUAAUGGUAUGGAGCGCUUGAGUCUUGAUGAUCAGGACAUUGCUUACGGUAUUGUUAAAGGGGAUAUCUACUCCGAUUCUCGAGCCGACAAUCCUGAGGUCGCAAACAUAUAUGCAUACAAGGAGCCGAAUGACAACCUUCAGGCCGGUAGAAAGAAAGAAGAGGAGGAAGAAGAAGACGAACUUGAAUUUUCAAUUGUCGAUAAAGGAGUAGAAAUAGGCGUAAUAUUAGACAAUGUCUCUGCCCGAAGUUAUGAUGCAUUCGAAGAAGAGGAUAUGCGAGGUUCUGAGGAGAAACAUGGUGCAGAAGGUGUCAAUAUCUCAUCUCACGACGAACUGUACCAUGAUGACCCAUAUCAAAAUACAGGGGACCAGUACGAAGAAAAUGAAGAUGCGAAGGAGGCUUCACCUAGUGGUGCAGAAGUGGAUUUAUUUCAGGCAGAGCAGCUUGACAAACAGAUCACUGAGUACGAAGAUGUUGAUACUGUCGAGCAUACGUCGAAAUCGAUUGACGAGGAACAAGAAAUGGAAGAGCUUCUGGCUGCUUUCGUUGAAAAAACGCGUGAAUCAGAUGCAGAGGGCACUCUUACUCCAGAUUAUAUGGCGGAGCAGGAACUGCUCUCAAUGCUUCCUGCUGGGGAUGAGUUGGACUGGGAGGCUGCUAAGAGAACACCCCAAAAUAAGAUGCUCGAGUCAGACGACGAAUUCGACCCUGUUGCGGGUGAAUUUCUCAGCCUUUUAGCAAGUGAAACACGACCAUCUCCAGUAGCUCGUUCUGACAGUGAACCAGACUCUCCCCGUGCUCUGUUGCUGAAGCAGUUUGAGAAGGAGGCCUUGAUCGAAAGUGGUUUAGGGUUGAGUUUGAAAAUGCCAGAAUUACCAUCUUCUGCUCAACAAUCUGUGGUUCCAGAUUUUUACCUGGAUGGUAUCCCUAGUGAUGGUAUUACUGAUGCUCAAGCUACUGAUGACUCUCUUCAUACGCAUCAACAUGUUACAUCUGAGGACCUCAACAAUUUAGGUUGGGGCAGUGACGAAGACGUCGAAUUGGCUUCUAUUAUGGAAGCUGCUGAAUCAGAGCUCCAAAAGGCGACGCAAUCAAUGCGCAGCAAAAAUAGAGCCAAAAUGUUAGAAGACGCAGAGACAGAGGCUCUAAUGCAAGAGUGGGGCUUAAACAAAAAAGUUUUUGAGGCAUCUCCUAGGUCCUCGCAUGCAGAUGACACUGGCAGUCCCUAUGCCAUGGUUUCAUGUGACCCACCACCUCUGGGGUUUGGUCUUGGUUCGGAGGUCCCAACGCGAGACGGGGGUUCUUUGAGAUCUAUGAACCCCGCUAAUUUUCAGGGUGCAAGUAAUAGCAAGCUAGUUAUGCAGGUGUCCAAACCUGUUGUAGUGCCUAUGGAUGCGGGAGCCGGCUCCUUGGCUAUCUUGCAACGGAUGGCAGCUGCAGGUAUGGAUGGAAUGACAGAUCAGGCCAUGUUGACAAUGCCCUUGGAUGAUAUUACAGGCAAGAGUGUGGAGCAAAUUGCAAGUGAGGGGUUUGCUGCCUUCAAAGGAAGUCGACAGGGGCAAGAACAAAUUGGGUAUGCGGCUUCAGAGGGUGGGCAUGGACAACUCAGUCUGGAGUAUACUCAAGGUAAUUACGGUGCAAUGACUGCACAUGCAGGAUCAAGUUUGGCAAAGACAUCUGGAGGUCGCUCGAGUUUUGGGGCCUUGGCUACUCAAUCAGGGUCUCGCAAAAGUAAUCCCGCUCUCGGUGAUGAUACGUUCAUGUCAUUGGAAGAUUUAGCGCCCAUGGCAAUGCAAAAGAUAGAAGCUUUAGCCCUGGACGGGUUGAAGAUUCAAUCAGACAUGGCUGAGGAGGAAGCACCAUAUGCGGUGGAACCCCUUUCGUGGCAGGAAAGGCCUGCAAUAGAAGGUGGCUCUAGCAGAAGACAGAGAGGUGGAAACUCUUUUGACGAUCCCUCAAGUAUGAGGCUCUUGGAAGGUGGGAGUGCAGAUAGUUCUGGAAUGUUGGACGACGACUUUUCGAUGGCCAUAUCGUUGGAUGAGUGGAUGAGGCUGGACGCUGGUGUGGUUGACGAGGAUGAUAUUAAUGGCAAUGCUAUGGCAUUAGUGGCUACUCACCGUGCUACUCAUGGGGAUAUUGUACCUAGCAAAAUGAAAAGCAGUAAGCAAGGGGGUAAGCAGAAAGAAGAUGGGUCAAAUGAGAUCGGUGGGCUUAUGGGUGAUACCAUCACUCUAGCUAUGCUAGUGCAACUUCGGGAUCCUCUCCGGAAUUUUGAGCCUGUCGGAGCUCCUAUGAUGGCUCUUGUCCAAGCUGAAAGAGUUGUAGUUCCUCCAAUGCCCAAACUGAGAUUAGGUAGACGGAUUUCCCUGAUUGGGAACAAUGAAGGAUACGACGAUGAGGAUAGCCGUUCACGCCAGCCGCAGUUCAAGAUUAGAGAGGUAACUUUAUCAGGUGUGAAAGCCAGUGAUGAGUCCGCUAGUGACAAAAAGCAACAAACUUCGGCAUUACAAAUAGGAUGGGGCACCCCAAAACAACAGCAAUCAGGUUCUCGCUGGCUUGCUGCAAGUGGAAUGGCCAAGAAUUCUAAGCAGCAGUCUUUCGCGAAACCGAAAGCCGGUAUGCCAAAGAGCAACGCCCCCAAUGUCAACGUACCUAACAACGCCCUAGCUUUUCCAGUUACUAGCAAAAGCUCCACCACUUCCACCACUUCCACUAAAAGCGACUCUUUGUGGAGUAUUUCUGCAAAGAUUGGUUCCAAAUGGGGAGCACCGACUGCUCAAAAAGUUCGAAACCCAGAUGUUGCCAUGCCGAAGUUUGGUUGGUUUGGUAAGAAAAAAUAGGGUGUGCUUGUCAGUACAACUUCUGAUGCUUUCUUAAGUUUCUAUCGUACUUAGUGUUGUCUCAGGAGACCCUUGCGUGUGCAGAGUGUGCUGUACUAAUCAUGACCUCAGUGAGGCAGUUUGUACAAGUUAGCAAUGAACCAGAGGUUUCACACCAGGUGCCAUUGCUUAGUGUCGUGGUUGCUUAAUGCAGUCUACCAUCUUUGUAUGUUAUCUUCUGGGAGUAGCAAUUACUAGAUCUGUUGACGUUUUUCUCUCAAGACGUGGCUUUAAUUUUUUUUCUUCUUUCUUUUCCCUUUAUUAAACAAUCAUUAGUCUCAGAGCUAUAUUGGUUUUGACUGCUAGUCCAAGAGGAAAAGCUUAAGGACCGAAAGAGUACGGGUUGUGUUUUUAUUUUUUAAAAGUUAAUGUCUUAGAAGAAAGGCUUCCUGUAAUAUUAAGUUCUGCCUUGGCUAUGCUCUUUCUUCACUAAUUCAGAUAUCAGUAAAUGCUACGGAGGAUACUAAGAGUUGACAGGUUUGAAGUUUUAUGGACAUAUGGGCAACCAGUGCGAUGUUUACUCCAUAUCAUUUGAAAAAUACUAUAUUAUAUUCUUAUA